AUGGAAAAGUUACGUGGGAUGAUGGAUUUCUGCAUCCGCCACCAGACCAUUCUGGGUUACAGCAUCAUGUCCCUGCUGACAGCUGCCAGCGAGCAGAGCUUCUCAUCUGUAGUGUUCAAGGGUCCCUGCAACUCUGGGAACAUGCUGUAUGGCUCCGUCUUCCUCAUAGUGCCUGCCUUCAUCCUCUUUGUGCUUGGCUACAUGGCGAACACCAAGAUGUGGCGCCUGCUGACAGGCAGCUGCCGUGCGGAGGAGCGCUGCAGCUGCAGCCCAUGGGGGACCUGCACCCACUACUGCCACGUGCUGGUGCCGGUGACAGCCAGAAUCUUGGUGGCCCCCUUCACCUGGAUCGUGGUGGCCCUGCUCAGAGCCAGCUUCUACGAGCGCGCGGCCAGCGGGAGCAGCCUGAUAAAGAACCUCAUGUGUAAAGAUAAAGGAGAAGAGUGACACAAGGUGCUGGUCAGAAUACCCUGCGACGAGAUGUUAUUAGAGAAAGAGAAGGAGAAGUUAUCAGUUGAAUCCCUCAGCCUUCAGGCACAGUCCCAGCUGAUAGGAUGGUUCAUCAUGAUCGUGGCACUGGUUUUAACAUGUGACAGCUGCUGUAUCUUCCCGGUUAGCUAUCUUCAGCUCAAGUUCUGGAAAAUUUACUCAAAAAAGGAACAGGAGCUCUUCAAGACCAAGGCUAAAGAGCAUGCAACCAGGCUGGCAGAAAUAGAUAUGAAAUGCUUUUUUGAAGCCACCGACCCAGUGCCGUUUCGGACUCCCAGCAGUGAAGACUGGCGGAAGAUUUCGUUCUUGUAUACCUUCAAUUUGAAGGAGCAGUGUUACAGCAUGAUACACAAGUACGUUAACACAAACAGAGGCAACAGCAACAGAUUCAGGAAAGGAGAUCAGGAUCCCCCUGUUUUAGGAUUUGUGGAUGAAGCAAGUGUAAGCAAAGCAGGGGUUUAA